AUGCCGCGCGUUCCAUUCAUUGGCAGGCUUUUCUGGGCCGAGUACCUUGCUCUCUUUACAUCGCUAUUGUUGAUUUUUGUCGAGGGAGUUCUGCGCCUGAUCACACUAUGUCUUCCCGAUGCUAUCAUUCGGUUCUGUUAUCGACAAUCCAAAUCCAUAUUCAACACGUUAUCCUCUCCUCAGAAUAGGAGCACAAGGAGGCCUGGAAACAAGCAGAGGACUCUGGCAGAGUCCAUAGCCCAGACCACCGAUUUCUCGGAGCUAUGCGAACUAUACGGCUACGAAACUGAGGAACACAUUGUUCAGACAGGGGAUGGCUAUCUCCUUGGUCUUCAUCGCCUCCCUUAUCGCCGAGGGGAAGAAGAAGAACACGUCAACACAGGGAAGAGUGGCGUCCGCAAGAAAGUCGUCUACCUUCACCAUGGUCUGUUAAUGAAUAGUGAAGUGUGGGUUUGCCUUACAGAUGAGCAGCGGUGCCUACCUUUUCAGCUUGUUGAAAGAGGCUAUGACGUUUGGCUGGGCAACAACCGUGGUAACAAGUAUUCCAAAAAGUCCACCAAAUCUUCACCGGCAUCUGCCGAUUUCUGGGACUUUUCCAUUGACGAAUUUGCAUUUCAUGAUAUCCCGAACAGCAUUGAAUAUAUUUUGGGCGUUACCGAGCAGCCAUCUCUAUCAUAUGUCGGAUUCUCUCAGGGUACAGCACAGGCAUUUGCAGCCUUAUCCAUUCAUCCGACUUUGAACCAGAGAGUCGAUGUCUUUGUUGCCCUAGCCCCAGCCAUGUCACCCGCAGGUUUGUAUAACGGCAUUGUGGACUCGCUCAUGAAAGCUUCCCCGCAAGUUGUUUUCCUAGCAUUUGGACGCAAAAGCAUCCUGAGUUCAACGACAAUGUGGCAGUCUAUUUUUUACCCUCCUAUCUUUGUACGAAUUAUCGACAUCUCGCUGAGAACGCUCUUCAACUGGACUGGCGAGAAUAUUAGCCAGUCGCAGAAACUGGCAGCUUAUCCGCAUUUAUAUUCAUUUACCAGCACAAAGUCUGUUGUCCACUGGUUUCAGAUCAUUCGCAACAGAGCUUUUCAAAUGUACGACGACGAAGUCGGCGGGCCGUUAGCUGUCGGCACCAACAGUCGCUACUAUAAGCCAGUGAGAUAUCCAACGAAGAAUAUCAAAUCACCAAUCGUGCUCCUCUACGGGGGCAGCGAUAGUCUGGUUGAUAUUGGCGUCAUGCUUCGCGAACUUCCGCGAAAGACUAUCGUCAGAGAGAUACCCAAAUACGAACAUCUUGAUUUCCUAUGGGCUUCCGAUGUUGACGAGCAAGUGUUUCAUCAUGUCUAUGAAGCGCUUGAUCAACAUGCCAGGGGGCAGUCAACUGCGAGUUUUCCGUCGCGUUUAUUGCUGGAAAACAAGACAAACGGAUACAGCGAGGGUGACUCUAUUGCCUCUGGAGUGGUCAACAACGAGCAACAUUGA